AUGGCUACAGCACGAACGGGACUUGCGGGACUCAACCGAAAGUUAUGGCACAUCUUGCCAAUUGCUGUGCUGCUCGUCACCACCGGGCUGCUACUGCUCCUGAACUUCGGCUCGCAAUAUGAUCCGCGAAAUCUCUUGAGCAGUCAAGGUGAGACAGAGAAAUACUCGAGCGAUGGCGACAUCAGUGUCAUAGCAGACCCCCCAGCCCCUGAGCCGACAUCAGAGUUCUACGACUGGCGGACCAGCACCGCCUACAACUUGGUCGACAUCAGCGAGAACCUCACACAGGAAGAGCUAUGUCAACACUUCCCAAAGCAGAAGCUCUCCAAGAUCCAGCCGGUACUCAAAACGGGACAUCAAGUCCUCGAUCGAGUUCGACAGUCGCUCCUGAGUACAUCAGCCUGUCUCGACAACCUCCUCAUCUUCUCCGACUUCGACGAAGAACUCGAAGGCCGAGCCGUCAUCAACGUCAUUGCCGACAUCGAUGAGGCUCUUCUGCGAUCAGACAACCAAACAGACUCAUACUUCGCUCUCCAAGAGGCAGCUGCGAAAGGAACAGAUGACGAAGACAUGGAAGCGGUCGAGGGCUGGCUACUCGACAAAUUCAAGUUCCUGGCUUCCGUCAGCCGAGCUUGGAAAAUGUCUCCAGAGAAGCAGUGGCACGUCUUCUACGAAGGGGAUACGUACGUCGUGUGGGAUACUGUCUUUCGGCUGCCGGAGAAUUUUGAUGCGGACGGUGAGCAUUAUUUUGGGUCGCCGUCGCCGGGAAGGGAUGGGACUUGGUUCGCGAAUGGUGGCCCUGGGUACAUUCUCAGUCGUGGCGCUGUGCGAAAGCUCGUCCGUGAUGAUUGGAACCACAACACUGGCGAGUGGCUCGGCAGCAAGCUGUCGGAGAAGUAUUGGGAAGAUAUUCUGACAGAUUGCUGCGGUGACUCGAUACUCGGCUGGGUGCUUCACGUUCACGGCAUCGACCUGAAAGGCCUUUGGCCAAUGUUCAAUCCUCAUCCACUGCACGGCAUUCCUUUCUCGGAUCUAUACUGGUGCCAGCCCGUCCUCAGCAUGCACAAAUCCUGGCACAAAGAGGAGAUUGAUUUCUGGAAGUGGGAAUGGACCCAAAGACAAGCUCACCGACCAUUGCUGUGGCGGGAUAUCGCCACCUCAUACUUCAAUCUUACGAGUGUGCCUCGCAAGGAUGACUGGGACAACGCAGGUUGGGAUGCGUAUUCACCCGCUGAGGACGAUCUCCGUGAGCCGCACAGUUCUGCUGAGGCAUGUAGCUUGGCUUGCCGGGAGGCGGAAGACUCGGGAUGUUUCCAGUGGACUUAUCAUCUACGACGAUGCUCAUUCGUAAGGUCGUUCCGGCUCGGUCGAGCGAGAAAACCGCAUAUCGACGAUCAGAAAAAGGACCACGAUUGGACACAGGAAGACCAGAAGUAUUUCGCGGGCUGGAAUACCGAACACAUAAAACGCUGGAUAUCGAAACGACCUUGCAGCGAAGUCCAAUGGGUCAGACCCAGCAUCGAGCGUAUCUUCUGA